AUGGUCUUCGUCAAGACACUCUCCAAAACCUUGUACCUCGAGGUCGCUGCCAACGAGGAUGUGCUGAGCAUCAAGCAGAAGAUUGCUGAGGCUGAGGGAAUCCCAGCCGAGGAGCAGAGACUCGUCUUCGCCGGUUAGUUUCGCUCCAUGCAGAAUCUCGAGAAAGUCGCUGGCGACUUUUGAGGACAGACCCUGCCUAACACAUUCUAGAUGGUAACUGUUAAGGACGUCAGCUCGAGGAUAACGACUGCGGACUCGAUGCCGAGGCUACCCUCUACCUUUCUUUGGCCCUUCUCGGAGGAGCCAAGAAGAGAAAGAAGAAGGUGUACACCACCCCAAAGAAGAACAAGAGAAAGCCGAAGAAGGUCAAGCUCGCCGUCCUUAAGUACUACAAGGUAAAUAUACAGUUAGAACAGCUUAAACGUAUGAUUAGCGGUGACCGGGAGUAACAUGGAUCGGCGGUGAUGAUGAAUUUAUUGAUAUGGUGUCAGGACCUCUGAGAGUUUCGUGACUGAUGUUUAGAGUUCCUGAGUCGUUCCACAACCCCACGUACGGCUUUUUAAGAUUUUGACUCAUUAGUUCUUUUUGCGGUAAACUCAAGUUUUUUUCAGAUCGACGAGAACGGCAAGAUCACUCGUCUUCGCAAAGAGUGCCAAGAGCCAGGAUGCGGAGGAGGUGUCUUCAUGGCCGCUCACGCCAACAGACACUACUGCGGAAGAUGCCACAACACCCUUGUCGUUGACACCGCUACCGCUGCUGCCACUUCUGGCGAGAAGGGAGGAAAGAAGGGAAAGAAAUAA